AGUUUGUUCAAGUUAUUUGGUUACUUCACAACUUGUUUGUUGCACAUUUGAAUUUGUUAGUCUCAUAGCAAAUAAAGCGAUUAGUUGGUGGAUAAUCUAGUUGCUGUUUUAAGUUUUGUGGAAAAAUUAUUUGACAAUCUUAUUUCAGAAUGAAGGCUUACUUUCUGUUACUGGCCCUGGCAAUAGCAUAUGUUGCCGCUGAAGAAAAGUAUACGACAAAAUAUGACAACAUUGAUGUGGAUGAAAUAUUGAAAUCCGACCGUUUAUUCAAUAACUAUUUUAAAUGUCUUGUUGACACUGGAAAAUGCACGCCAGAGGGCCGAGAGCUCAAGAAAUCCCUGCCUGAUGCCUUAAAAACGGAAUGCAGCAAGUGCAGCGAAAAACAAAGGCAGAAUACGGACAAAGUUAUACGAUAUAUCAUAGAUAAUAAGCCGGAAGAAUGGAAAGUGUUGCAGGAGAAAUAUGACCCUGAAGAGAUUUACAUUAAACGUUACAGGGGACAAGCAUCAAAAGCCGGAAUAAAUAUUUAAGGCUAUCGAUACGGAGUCUGUAAUAUAUUUAAGGCAAUCUUAACUAAGGAAAGUUGAGUCCAUUGUAUAACA